GGAUGUAAAAAAUCUGAAAGGGAAAGCAGUACAGUAGUUUAUAGGUCUCUGUCCGUAAGUAAAUCAUGCAUUUUAAUUCAUUACAGAUUGAGAAGUGUCCCAUGAUGCUGCGUGGGCAGACCUCAAUCUUGAGGGUAGCGCAGACAUGUUCCUGUGGCUUUCACCCUCGGCAGUCUGUGAGUAGUCCUGCAGCAUCCAGGCCAGCUACCUCAGCCUCCACUUCAGCUGCCUCAGCCUCCACCUCAGCGGCGCCUGUACAGAGCCCUGGGAGGCCUGCAUUGACGCUGUCAAUGUUUGAUAAAGCGCGGUUCGGCGGGACUUUGUCUGCGGCAGCCAGGCCUAAUGUCAACGUGACCAGGAAGCAUGUCGAGCUUCCCCCCAGCCCUGCAACUACCCCAGCUGGUUGAAGCACUCCCUCCGCUACCCCACCUCCAGCGACGCCCCCUUCCAGUCCGAGAUACAUUAGGCCCGUCUCCCCUUUCUCUCUGCCCCCAUCCAGCCCUGUAAUGUCCUCUGUGAGGGCCGGCUCGUCCCCUCUGGUUGCAUCAGAUAGGAGUCUUGCUCCCCCUGGUCCUGUCCCUGCUCCGCCUGGUCCCCUCCCUGCUCCCCCUGGUCCCGUCCCUGCUCCCCCUGGUCCUGUCCCUGCUCCGCCUGGUCCCCUCCCUGCUCCGCCUGGUCCCGUCCCUGCUCCCCCUGGUCCUGUCCCUGCUCCGCCUGGUCCCGUCCCUGCUCCGCCUGGUCCCGUCCCUGCUCCCCCUGGUCCCCUCCCUGCUCCCCCUGGUCCCGUCCCUACCCCUCCUUGUACUUCUUAAUUUCUGGGUCCGGCUCCACAACAGUUCUGGCUACCAGCAGAAAUGAAGAAGACCAUUCCCCAGCAAGACCAGCGCUGGAUUGCAUCCACGCUGUGGAGGAACCAGCGGCUGCGCCCAGACCUACAGCUCUGGUAUGAGCCACCGGUGCCAGGCCUGAUCUACAAUCAGGUCCCGUCACCAGAUCGGUUUUUCACUCACCGGCUCCUGGUGUGGAUGCCCUACCACCUUUGGAAGGUGAGGCUGUCCUGCCCAAAGUGUGGGAAGCAGCUCACCGGGGCCGGCAUGCACAAGAGGGCACGGCAGGUCCUGGACGUGGACAGGUACUACCUGAUGGUGACGGAGACCCUCAGGUGCAACGCCCUCGGUUGCGUCACCAAUUACCUGUCCACGAGCCAGACCGUCCUGGACCAGCUGAGCCUGCCUCUCCGUGGGGAGUUCCGCCUCAUCCUGACACGCAAGUAUGCGUGUGACAUCCACGUCAUCAGGAUGCUACGGGAGAGGACCCUCUGCAACAGCUCUACCCGCCUAGCCAAACAGCUGCGGGAGAACCACGGCGAGGAGUGGCUGCAGCGUGUGGCCCGCUACCUGGAGGUGUGUGCCGACUUUGUGGACCAGCCGAGUCUCUUCCCUGUGGUCUGUCAGGAGCCCCCCGAGCCUGUGGCUGUCCCGACCAACAGGUGGCUCCUGACCGUGUACGGGAAGGACUUGAUGAGCCGUAUGGACCACAUCAAGGCCAGCAUCACCUCUACCUUUGGCGCCAUUUUAAAAAUGGACUCAGCACUCCUGCCCUCCCCCAAGCUCAAUCCCACCCCAGUGCACCCCCCUUUGUGUUUGCUGUCCCCUCAGCAGUGCCUCCACAUGCCCCCCCCCCCGAAAAAAAAGACAUAUAACAGGACUGGGGAAGCAAACAAAUGCCGAAAGUGUGGGGAGCCCCGGACUGCAUAGACUGGACACAGCCAGUUCAGGGGGACCAUUUACUGCCCCUCAAUUGAGCAGGUGACAAAGGAGCAGUGGUUGGAGGGAAUGCGGAAGAGUAAAUAAACAUAUAUUUAUUUUU